AUGCGAGAAUACAAAUUAGUCGUAUUAGGUAGUGGUGGUGUAGGUAAAAGUGCAUUAACUGUACAAUUUGUACAAGGUAUAUUUGUUGGUAAAUAUGACCCAACCAUUGAAGAUUGUUAUCGUAAGCAAGUAGAAAUUGAUGGUGUUAAUUGUAUGCUUGAAAUUCUUGAUACAGCUGGAACGGAACAAUUUACAGCGAUGAGAGAUUUAUAUAUGAAAAAUGGACAAGGUUUUAUACUUGUUUAUUCAAUAACAUCACAAGCAACAUUUAAUGAUUUACUUGAUAUAAAAGAUCAAAUCAUGCGUGUUAAAGAUGUUGGUGCUGAUAUACCAAUGGUACUUGUGGGAAAUAAAAAUGAUUUGGAAGAUGAACGUGUUGUUGGAAAACAAAAUGGUGAAGCAUUAGCACGUUCAUUUGGAUGUACAUUUCUUGAAGCAUCUGCUAAAUUACAAGUUAAUGUUAAUGAAAUUUUUUUUGAUUUAAUACGACAAAUUAAUCGUAAAACUCAACGACCUCGACCAGCUAAACAAAUAUCAUCACAAGAUUUUGAUCAACUUGCACCACGAGGUGAUUAUCAACAUGAUCAGUCAUCAUCACGUCGAACUGAUCGAACAAAUGAUCAAUUCAAAGAUUGUUGUAUUCUUUUAUGA